GAAGUAAGCCCUGUUUUAUUCUGUGGCACUUUCGCUCAGGAAAGAGUCCUUUGGAUUGCAGGCAUAGUGCCUUAGCAGUAAUGCAUGUGCGCAUGCAUUUUUUCCUGCAUUUCUUAACUUGCUCUUGCAGGGGGAUGAACAAGAUGUUCAGAAGAUUGUAGCUGCAUUGAACGAAUGCCUUACGGCCCUCCCUCAGCAACGCCUGCAGAGAGUUCACCGCAUUGGAAUCUGUGGACAGAUGCACGGGGUCAUGUUUUGGAAAGCUGGCCGAGGUUGCAAAUGGACAGGAACCGGCCAACGAUUUGAGCCGGAGGAAGUCAGUCACCUGAUCACAUGGCGAGACAGUCGAUGCAGUAGCAACUUCCUCUCCUCGCUGCCACCACCGUGGUCACAUGUUAGUGUGGCGACAGGAUUCGGCUGCGCCACCAUCUACUGGUACUUGCAGAACAAGCCGGAUUUCUUGAAACAUUACGAUGUUUCUGGGACCAUCCAGGAUUACGUGGCCAGCAUGCUGUGUGGCCUCCAACGACCCCGGAUGUCCACCCAGAACGCUGCCAGUUGGGGGUACUUCAACACCACCCGAAAAAGCUGGAAUACGGACAUCCUUGGGAAAUCACACUUCCCCGUCCAUUUGCUCCCCGAAGUGGUUGACCCGGGAGACCUUGCAGGGGAAACGUCCUGUGUGUGGCAUGCGAUUCCAAAGGGCACUGCGGUUGGGGCUGCCCUGGGUGACUGUCAGUGCUCAGUGAACUCCUGCCUGCCCGAAAGCACUGACGCAGUCCUCUACAUCGGCACUUCUGCUCAGCUGACCAUCUUGGCACCCGUUGGCUUCCAGCCGGGGGAGUCCCCAGACCCUCGUUCCCCCAGGACCUACAUUCCAUAUUUUGGCAAUCGCUAUCUGGCCGUGGCGGCCUCGCUUAACGGCGGAAACGUGGUGUCGGCAUUUAUGGACAUGUUGACUGAAUGGAUGGCAGAGCUGGGGCUCGAAGUCCCUCGUUCCACCCUCUACCAACGAACGAUCCAAGCCGCCCUGGCCCAAGCCGACACGGCCCUCUCCGUUUCUGCGACCGUCUUUGGCGAAAGGCACACACCCGAGGAGCGGGCGUCCGUGGCGGACAUCGUGACCUCCAACCUCUCCUUGGGCCACGUGACCCGAGCCCUGUGCCGCGGCAUGAUCCGGAACCUGCACUCGAUGAUGCCUUCCCAGUGCCUGGUGGAGGCGGGGGCCAAGCGGAUCCUGGCCAGCGGCAACGCCCUCUCCAGGAACGAAGUGUUGAGGCAGGAAGUGGAGAGGAUGUACCCCUUUCCGGUGGUUUACGGGAAAGACAUGGAAGCGGCAGUCGGGGCUGCCUUGGUGAUGCUACGCAGGCAGUGAGGUCAGAGCUCAGGGGAGCAGAGCUCCACUGCCGCUGCCACACACAGACGCCUGCGUCGCCUUCCGAGUGGAAAGAGCGCGGGAACCCUACUCUCUUUGCAGGAGGACAUGGCAGACAACCAGAGCCCCCCUCGUGCCGUGAAAGAGGGUGGCAUAAGUGGGCCGUACAGUGGUGCCAGAGAAUAUCCCGGUCAGCAGUGGGCAGCGUGCAAACGACAGCUGUCGACAAGUUGGCACUUGAUUGCUCAGGUCUGAACCUCCAAAGGGCACCUGCAGGGUGCCUCUCUUGAGCGCCACUCCUCAAGAAUCCUUUCAGUAAAGAGGUGGGGAAAUAUCCCCUUUGAACGGGCUGGCUGGGGAGCCGCUGGGCAUUCCACUCUUGUAACUUAUCCUCCAGUGUUAAUUCUGGGUCUAUAAUAAAAAGGCACCAAAGAUUU